AUGCCCCGAGUCGGCAGAUAUUUUAAACUCGUAAUCGACACUACCAGGUGUAUUUCGAAUGCAAGACUUUUUACAACAUGUAGUAAACGAGGAGGUACCUUCACAUGUGGUCAUAUGAUAAAUUCUGGCAAAUAUUUUCCGCCAAAACGUCCAUUUCCGGCAGCUUUACAGUGUUCAAAAUUAUCACAAGACAGCCGACUAACAAGAAUAAGAAAAACUCUACCUGAUGAAAUAUGGUCAAUUAUUAUUGUGGGUAAGAUUAUCGCCCAUUAAAAGCAACCAAUAUAUGUUAUAGUUAAAACUUUCAAUCGGAAAGGGCGUAUUCCCAAGGGUAAUCUUUUUUUUUCUAUUGUUUUCCUAAUCCAAAUACUACAUGCAUGAUGAACUAUGGGGGUUAUAUCUAUAUUUAAUAUCUUUUAAUUUUAACAUGUGUCAACAAAGUUUAAGUACUGUCUUCCUUUAGGUUAUGACAAUGUGUUCAAAGCUCAGAAAAGUAAAACUAAGAGUUACUGAGCCACAGCAUGCCUAAAUGUCAGGAAAGUGCUUCUCUAAGUUUUUCAGAUCUCUCUGGUGACCUGGGCAGAAUAUUAGCCUAAGAUCUUCCCAUGUUAUUUACCAGAUGGACUUCCUAGAGUUUUAUUACCUGUUGAUCAUCAAAUCAUACAUUUGUUAUUAUCAACAUUAUAAUUAUCAACAGUAUUGUUAAUGUCACCAUCAUCAUCCUGCCUCACCAUACCAUCAAUGUUAUCCUCAUUAUUUGAAUUCUCAUGCGAGGCAAUACUUGCAAGACUUGUCACUGGUCUCAUACUGAACAGAUGUUUCUUACCAAGAUUACAGUCUUCAAAUGUGCUAGAACUUAAGUAGCAUAGUUCUGAUCUUAUUUUUAAAAUGCUAUACAAAUAUUUUUAAUUAGCAUUACUUACUAUGGGCUAAGAAGAGUUUCUGAUUGAAAAUUAUUUCCAACUGCUUCAAUUUUUAUUUUCCUCAUCUAAGAGAUCAUGGUAGUGUAUAAAGAACAGAGGAAUCUAGUUUGAAAUUAUUUCAAAUUGAAUUUCACUUUAAACUGAAACAUAUAUUAGGUGUUAUAGAAGCAAAUUUUAAGGUCAAUGUUUGUUAUUACAGCACUGGGUGGUGUUCUUGUAUUUACAUAUACACAAUAUGAAAAAGUUCUGUAUGGCAAAAGGAGCCCCCCAAGCUUGCAAAACAAGUUAAAGAUGGCUAAGGUAAGAAAACGUAGGACUCUGAAUAUGAAUAUUAACUCUUGAAAGAUGUUAGUUUGACUUCCUGCAAUUUUGACUCUGGCUGCUGGGAUGAAUUGGUAGGGUGCUGGACUACUGAUUAAGAGUUUGAAGGUGAAAUUCCACACUGAGCUAAAACUUAAUUCCUAAUCCUUGCAAUCUACACAUCUAAAUGUCAAUUCUCUUCUUUGUAAUUUUAACCCUUUAACUCCCAACAUCUCAUUUGGAAUUCUCCUUACUGUCAACUGUACAGUUCUUGUGAUGUUAGUUUGGAGAAUUUGGUAUUGGAUCAACUAAUGAUCCCCUUAUUGAUAUUUUUCGUUUUUCUCAUCACUUGUCUGCCUUAUAUUGUCUUGGAAUUGUAAGGAGAAAUUCUGUUUUGGUUACUCAUAGGAUUUAAAGGGUUAAAAGAUUUGGCAUUGAGAAUUUGGUUUUAGCCUUUUCACUCCUAAGAUCCUAACUGUCUGUCAAACAAUUCUAAUGAUGUUAGUGUUGAGAAUUUGGUAUCAGAUCAGCUGAUAAUCUCAUAAUUGAUAUUUUUUUAUUCUCAUCACUUGUCUGCUUGAUGUUGUAUUGAUACCAUAAGGAGAAAUUCUCUCUUAGUCACUCAUGGGUGUUGAAGGGUUAAAUUACAAAACAUCCCCCUAUUUGAUACUCCUUUGUCCUCUCAUCCCUCAACUGUGCGAUAUAGUAAUGAAACUGUAAAGAGAAAUUCCUUUUUCACUGUCUUGUUCUGUACCAUUAGGCUGGCAGAAAGUUUUCUCACCGAACUAAAGACUUAUAUAUUGAUCAAGAAGAGCUAAAUGACCCAAAAUACUGGAACCUUUUCAUCCUUUCUAUACCCAACAUACUUAUAAACAAUUUUUAUUCUAAUAGAAAAAAGCUUUAGAUGGAGACAAAACACAGUCAAUCAUUUUGCUGAAGGAGGCUCUUGAUCUUAUACAUGAUUAUCUUAAAGAAAUUAAGCAAGAUUCAGGUGAAGAACUUCAUCUGGAUGACAAGGAUACAAUAAAAGUGCAAAAGUACCUCACUUAUGUACUGGAACAGGUAAGAACAAGAAGGUUUUUAAAUCUGAAUCAAAUGUUGAAAGUACCCUAUUUUCAAAAGGCAAUAAAUUUCUAAACAACCUGUGGUGCUGUGUCAGUGGGACAUAUUACAAGAUAAUUUGGUCCUAUCAACGGAAAAUUGGCCAAUAUAAAGAGAUUCCAAAGUUGACAUUUUGAAUGUUACCGGUAACCACUCCAUCUUUUGUUAACACUCAAAACAUCAGCUUUAAAAACUCUUUACAGAGGCCAGUUUGCAUUAUAAACUCAGUUGAGAAAACCAAAUUAUCCUAUUUUCUAUUGAGCCAAGUUGUAUGUAUUUCAAACUCUAUAUAACUUUAUUUAUGUGUUUGUCUCUACUUGCAGCUGGCAAAUCUCACAUUUGAGCUUCAGAGAUGGAAUGAGGUACCAUAUGCCAUUGCAUUUAUUGAGCAUGUUGUUUUUGAAACCUGACAGCAACAUAGUUUAACCCUUUAACUUCCAAGAUCUGGUUGUUAAUUCUCCCCUCUAGCUGCUACACAUUUCCUUGUAAACUAGUUAGGAGAAUCUAAAGUUUGAUUGAGUUAAUAUCUUGCACCUGAUGAGUUUGAGUAUUCUCACUACCUGUUUGCUGGACAAUGUGUGGAUGAACAGAUUUUGAGCUUGUAGCUAAUAGAAGCAUUCAUAAUUAUGUUCUUUCAAACCAUUGAUUUUCUUCAAUCUUGAUUCAGGCAGAGCAUUAUUUCCGCCUCUUACUAAGAGACCUGUUGUCACAGGAAACUCCUAAGGUCAGUGGCAAUUAGAUCUUUAGUGUUGUGAAUCAUUAAAUGCGUAACAAAUUAUAUCACAAUAAUUAUGGCAGGAACAUCUGUAAAGGCCAACUAGGGGAAGUAUUUAUUGGCCAUGGUAAAGAUGUUUGUCAUCAUUUUAACAGCUGUGAAAUUAAUUCUCUGGCAGAGUUGAUAUCUGUCAAAGACAGAGACAAUCUCAGGAAAAACUUUUAAGUAGAGACAUUUGAUACAAGAUCAGUAGAAUAUUUCUGUUGCUUUUUGGUAACCUCACACAUAUACAAUGUUUAGGUGUGAAGAAGCAUUAGGAGAGCUGAUAGUUUCACAAAUACUGUUAUCACUAGGCUUUAGCAGGGAUGGUCAACAGUUAAGUUAAAAGCAUGUUAAAGAAAGAUGGUUUUAGUCAGGUCACAAAUGUGGGACAGAGAAAACAAAGUCUUAGUCUCCUUCCAGUUCCUAAUUUCUGAGUUUCAAUUUCUUGUGGGGAUUCAGAAUUUUUUCUUUAUCCCAAGCUCUUGACCUGACAAAAAACAUACUUUCUCAUUCCAUUACAAAGCUUCAAGUGUGCCAUCUUUCCUAUUCUAAAAAAAAGUGGUGUUGCAACAUUAUUGGGUGCUCUGUUUCUUUGUAUGACAGGAUGAUGAUAGUGUCAUUGAGGUGUCACUGAAGCUGGCUCUUGCAUGUGCUCAUCAAGACAAGUGAGUAAAGUUGAUUUUAACCAGAUAGAGAAAAGUAAAUUACUUAAAAUGCUGUUGUUAUUUGGGGCAGGCUACCUGGUGAGCUGUUUACCAACAAAAACAGACAGAUUGGUUUCAGUACCAGAGAGAUUUGCCAUCUCUGUCAAGCAAAAUUGGCCCCCAUUUUGUCUGAAACUAAGAAAAUUAGAGUAAAAAUUUUCAUUAACUGCCUACUUUGCAGUUUUUGCUGUGUACUUCAAAUUGAUUGAAACCCAGGAGCCUUUGUAUUCUUUGAGACUGUUUUGCAAUGCUUUUCAACAGACUCUUUCUUAUUUUACAGGCACGCUCUGGCCAUACAAGGUUUCCAGUGGGCUACCAAUACAAUACAAAAGAAAGUGGAUGAGCUACCAGCUACAACAGACAAUAGGUUGGUAAUUAUAAUCAUGUUGCAAUUGAAAAAUGGUUUGCUCUAUUAGUAUCGUUAUUGUUAUUAUUUUCAGCUUCUUUACUUAUCUCCAUAGCUUGAGCACAGGCAGACCAUGCUAUGUGUUCAUGGUUAAUAAUUGUUGACAUGAGACAAACAAAAUCUAUGAGAGUUAUGAAUAAAGCUCUGAAAAUUACAUAGCUAAAUUACAUCUUGGUCUGAAUAUCUCACUAACGUUAAAUAAAAUGUUAAUCAACUCAUUUGUGAUAUUUUUUGCCUUCAUGGGCUGUUUGAAGUGUCUUUGUACAAAAUACUUUUUGAAGUGGAGAAGGUCAUGGCUGGCGGCCCCCAAGUUGCAAGCCUUGUCUCCCUUUCCAAAAGUAAUUUUGUUAAAAUAUUUUGUUCGUCUCAUGUCAACAAUUAUUAACUACGGAGACAUAGCGUGGUGUGCCUGUGGCUUGAGUGCCUGGAUAAGGUAACGAAACUAGAAUUUUACAAUUUAUUCCGUUCUUAUCUGGCUUAUUUAGUGCGUGUCUUUUGUUUCAGUAAGGCACUGUUAGGUGUGUGUUUAGAAGGUUGGGGCACUUAUCUACUGGCUCACGAUAAGCCCGCACAGGCAGCCCAACUGUUGUUAAGAGCCUUGAAUAUUUCCAAGGAGGUGUUGGGAGAAGACCAUGAACAGGUAGGAACAGUACAUUGGGAAAGCAGAACAUUGUGUCUUUGGGAAACCGUCUGACAAUAGUCCUUAGAGCAAGUAAAUGACAAUAUUUCUCUGAGGGAUUCAACAUCCAGGGAAAUAUUUUUAGGUAUGCCUCAUUUGGAAUUAUCACCCUCUUGUUAUUUUCAAUUCCCUUCAGUUUAAUCAAUUUUCCCUGUCCAUACCAAGACAGACGCUAUCUAGGUUUAGUCAGUAUAUAAAGCAGUGGAUAGCGUUGAAGGCGCGCUCUGAUUGGCUACUCAAACACUUCAAAUCCCCUGCUAUUCGCCUCUGAGCAACUCGUGAGUUCCGCAUUGCCGGAACAAAUUAGUUUAACUCAUCUUUUUGUGCUAAUAUAUCUCACUGGUUUAGUAUUAGUAAAACAACUCUUCUUCUCGGUGUCAGUGGCUGGUGGUAGAUCUCCACCUCGCCGCUUUGUGGCUCGGUAAAUAACUGUCACCAGCCACCUUCACUUGGGUGAAUAGUUGUUAGUUAUACCUGGCAUUAUUUUUUCGGUCUUGGUAAAUGGAUGUGUAUUUUUUAUUUAUUUAUUUAUUUAUUUUUUUUAGCUGUUCAAUUAAUGAUUUUUCAUGUUGAUGCAAACCCUACGAUUGAUUUUGAUUUUUGUUCCAUUAAGACGACAGUGAUCCUUAACAACCUUGCAAAAGCCCACGCGGAAAGUGGCAACUAUGAACACGCAGAAGAACUUGCUAGAGAAGCGAUACGCAUCGCUGAGAAGACACAAAGCACACAUCUCUCUCGGUUUAUGGCCAACCUGGGAACAAUUCUUAAUUUGGAAGGUAUGAUCUAAAAACUUGAUAAAUUAGAGUUGAUUCUUUCACGGAAUAGCUAGCCUGCAGACACACUCUCCGUACUUGUGGUGAGGCGUGCACGAAGAACGAGUGACCCGCAAGAGGAAAAGUACGAAAAAGAAUCCUCUCGCGCGUGAUCUCUCCUUCGCACACAAGGUUGCUCAACUGAAGAAAAACGAAGGGGUGUACCUUUCUUUUAAAGACACCAUGGCCCGCGCAAUUUCUUUGGCGGACUCUUCCUUUUUCCUUACCCUUUCUGAUGAUUUUUGAAAAUCAUUUUUCUCCCCUCAGGAAAUGUGGCGAAAGCUAAGGAAGCUUUGAAGAGUGCGCUGAAACUAGCAAACGAAGCCAAGGACGAAGAAACUAAAGAAAUGAUUCAUAACAGUUUGACUGAGAUGGACAGUAAUCCCUCAUAAUGAAUCAAGAAUUAUGUCGAUUCUGUUAGAAAAGAAGAAUUUUAUAGAGGUCGAGAUGUUACAGUAAUGGGACGCUUUUUGACAAACUAGAGCGCUGCUCAAGCAAUAGACCACACUUUCUAUCCGUUUACCGGCGCGGGAUGUCGAGAGAACACUGAAAAAAAUUGUAAAGAUAGGGCUAAAUGGGUUUUUUACGCCGGUGAACCGAUAGAAAGGGCAGUGUGUUUCUAUGGUUUACCGGUGCAAUAAACGAUAGGAUUUUGACCAAUCAGGGCGCUCGUAUUGUAGUCUCU